CUGACAAUUCCUUCACUCUCUAGCCACCCCGAUGUGCACAAGUUUAAGCCUACAGCGCUGAAGCUUGCAAAGCAAAUUCGCCAUCGUGGCCCUGAUUGGAGCGGAAACGUUAUUUCCAACAACACCAUUCUCUGCCAUGAGCGUCUCAGUAUCGUCGGUGUCGAGUCUGGCGCCCAGCCCCUCACCAACGCCGAUGAGACCAUCGUCCUUGCCGUCAACGGAGAGAUCUACAACCACCGAUUGAUCCGCAAACACCUCAACCACAAGUACCACUUCAAGACCCAUUCAGACUGUGAGGUUAUCAUCCCGCUGUAUAUGGAACACGGCCUUGAAGCCCCAGCUCACCUUGACGGCAUGUUCUCGUUCAUACUCUAUGACAAGACCAAGGACCGUACCAUUGCCGCCCGAGACCCGAUCGGUGUCACCACAUUCUACCAGGGAUGGAGCUGGAAGGAGCCCGGAGCUGUGUACUUUGCUUCUGAGCUGAAGUGCCUCCAUCCUGUGUGCGACAAGAUUGUUCCCUUCCCUCCUGGCCACGUCUACGACUCUUUGACCGGAGAGACCACCCGCUACUUCAACCCCAAGUGGUGGGAUCCUACCAACGUUCCUUCCACACCAGUCGACCUGAAGGCCCUCCGAGCUGCCCUGGAGAAGUCAGUAAGAAAACGACUGAUGGCCGAGGUGCCUUUUGGUGUUCUUCUGUCUGGUGGACUUGAUUCUAGCUUGGUCGCUGCUAUUGCCCAAAGGGAGAACCUGAGACUGCAGAAGGAGGCCGCUGACAAGAACAAGCUCAACCAAGAGCCCGACGCUGAUGCCGUUGACCGUGGGGAGGGCCUUGUUGGUAUCGAUGAUGAUGGCAGUCUCUCAACCUCGACUUACUUCCCCCAAUUACACAGUUUCUCCAUCGGUCUUCCCGGCUCCCCCGAUAACAAGGCUGCUCUUGAGGUGGCCAAGUUUCUUGGUACUAAGCAUCACGUUAUGACCUUCACAAUCGAGGACGGUCUCAACGCGCUGUCCGAUGUCAUCUACCACUUGGAAACCUACGAUGUUACCACUAUCCGUGCAUCUACUCCCAUGUUCCUCUUGUCCCGCAAGAUCAAGGCCAUGGGAGUCAAGAUGGUGCUAAGUGGUGAAGGUAGUGACGAGAUCUUCGGUGGAUACCUCUACUUCCACGCCGCCCCCGACAAGGAGGCUUUCCACGACGAGACUGUCCGCCGUGUGAAGAACCUUCACUUUGCAGACUGUCUCCGAGCCAACAAGUCUACUUCUGCCUGGGGUCUUGAGGCCCGUGUCCCAUUCUUGGACAAGGAGUUCCUUUCCCUGGCCAUGGAUAUCGACCCUGCCGAUAAGAUGAUCACCAAGGAAAAGAUGGAGAAAUACAUUCUCCGAAAGGCAUUCGACACUACUGACGAGCCUGACAGCCAGCCAUACCUCCCCGAGCACAUCCUGUGGAGACAAAAGGAGCAGUUCUCGGACGGUGUCGGUUACGGUUGGAUCGACGCUCUCAAGGACAACGCUGAGCUCCAUGUCUCUGAUGCCAUGAUGGCCAACCCUAAGGCCGAGUGGGGAACUGAUGUUCCUGAUACCAAGGAAGGUUACUGGUACCGCCUGAUGUUCGAUGAGCUCUUCCCUCCCCGUUGCGGCUCGACGGUUCAGCGCUGGACCCCAACCUGGUCUCAGCAGACUGACCCCAGUGGCAGAGCUAUUGCCACCCACGAGCACAAGUACGACACCGCUGUUUAA